AUGUGGGUGCAGAGAGCUGCCACGGCAAGUCUGGCUGUGACAACAGUCGCAGCUACAAGCAUUCCUUGCCCAGAGCAGUGUGCCGGCACACCGGAACAAUGGACUGUCUACUCGUCUGUCUAUCGUUUAGGAAUCUGCGAAAAGCCGAUGUUAUUUGAUUUUGCGGUUCACAAUCCACUAGAAGACCCUUCGAGCACUGUCAAGGUUCGGACUUGCACGGCCAAAGCCAGCAAUGAAACAUCUGAUAGUGUUUAUAAGCGCUUAACAUCUUCGACAUGCAUCGUACCAACCCAAAGAACCGAGCAGUCGUUGGACUUAUUCAAAAGUGACACUAGCAACUCAGAAGCAGGCGGAGAUCUCGAGGCAGCAUUGGAUAUCCUCUCGACGUAUUUAGCGGAUUCGACUCAUUGUGAGACUGGGUUUCUGGCUGCAUACUAUGGCGACGUAGUCGUUGGGAUCUAUAGUGGGUCGGCUAUCGACAAAUCUAAGACCAUUCCAUUGUUGGUGAAGCAGCUCAAACAGCAGACAUCAACGGCUCCAAAGUCAAUGACAGCCCAGCUUUGUGGUAGUGGCCGUAAUGCGGACUACACUUUUGGUGUUUCCAUUGAUACCUCCGGGAAUAUUGCUUCUGUUCAGAAGGCCGUGAAGUCAUGGAGCGUAGCAUCUUGUGUCAACAGUACUCAACAGGCCACCCAACUCAGUAACGUCGCCUGGUACGAGUUGUCGCUGCCGAAAAAGUCUACAAAAAGUACUUUUAAGCGCCAUCUGCUACACCAGCGAGAGGGAGGCACUUGUCAGACUGCUACGGUGGUCUCUGGCGACUCGUGCGGUUCUCUAGCUAGUAAGUGCGGUAUAUCGGGCAAUGACUUGACCAAGUACAACCCUCAAGAAUCCAAUUUAUGCGCUACUUUACAAGUGGGCGAGAGGGUCUGCUGUACUGCUGGAAGUUUGCCGGAUAUAACUCCCAAACCCUAUGCCAAUGGGACCUGUGCCACAUACAGUGUGAAAUCGGGAGACUACUGUUCAUCAAUUGCCGCCUCUAAUGGACUCAAUUCUACACAAAUAGAGUUGUUUAAUAACGGGACUACAUGGGGCUGGAAUGGCUGCAAUGAUAUCAUGGCUGGGAUGAACAUAUGUCUCAGCUCUGGAAAGCCUCCUCUACCAGCUCCUGUUGCGAAUGCCAUAUGCGGGCCCACUGUCCUAGGGACAAAGAACCCCACUGGAAAGGAAACAUUGGCUGAUCUAAACCCUUGUCCACUCAAUGUCUGCUGCAAUAUAUGGGGCCAAUGUGGUCAGACUCCGGAUUUCUGUACAGCAGGGUCUGGGCCAGCAGGAAACCCAGGAACGGCUCCCAAAAAUAAGAAUGGUUGUAUCUCCAACUGUGGGCUUGAUAUUCAUGACAAUUCUAAUGCGCCAUCCUCGUACAUAAAGGUGGGGUACUAUGAGUCUUGGAAUUGGGACCGAUCAUGUCUCAAUUAUUUCGUUGGAGAUUUAGCUUAUACUGAUUAUACUCAUGCCCACUGGGCAUUCGCAUCUAUUAAUACCCAGAACUACAGUGUUUUUGUGAAUGAUACGUAUAAACAGUUCCCCGCUUUCCUUCAACUACCGCAAAAUAAGAUCCUCUCAUUUGGCGGCUGGGGCAUUUCUACUGAUCCUUCAACCUACAAUGAACUUCGCUCUGCUAUGAAUCCUGCUAAUGUCGACACGUUUGUGACCAACAUUGUUGACUAUCUCAACGAGCAAAAACUGGAUGGUGUCGACAUCGACUGGGAAUACCCUGGAGCACCUGAUAUCCCCGGCAUCCCGCCUGGUCUGGCCUCAGACGCUCCCAACUACCUGGCCUUUCUUAAAAAGCUCAGGGCGAAAUUACCUUCUGGGAAGACUAUGUCUAUUGCCGCUCCAGCUUCUUAUUGGUACCUCAAGGCAUUCCCUAUUGCUGAAAUGGCCAAAGAGCUUGAUUAUAUUGUCUACAUGACGUAUGAUCUUCAUGGCCAGUGGGACUAUAAUAAUAAAUGGUCGCAGGACGGUUGUGAGACAGGGAAUUGUCUUCGUAGCCAUGUCAACCUUACUGAGACAGUAUAUUCUCUGUCUAUGAUUACCAAAGCCGGUGUCCCUGCAAACAAGGUGAUCGUCGGAGUUGCUAGUUAUGGCCGGUCUUUUGGCAUGAGCGAUCCAGCUUCAUGCCAACAGAGUAUCUUCAACCCCAAGUGCACAUUCACUGGCCCAAAUUCUGGCGCUGACCCAGGUGUAUGCACUGUAACACCGGGAUACAUUUCCAAUGCCGAAAUCGAGCAAUUACAGUGGAUAAAUGAAAGCGUGACGUAUAAGUUCGACCCUGGCAGCGACUCAGACAUGCUAUUCAAUGGCACGACGUGGAUCGGAUAUAUGACAGAUACUACGAAGAGUACACGCACAGAGUUUUACAAAGGUCUUAAUUUCGGCGGUACGAUUGAAUGGGCUGUUGACUUGGAACAGUGGACUGGCGAUAAUGAAGCUCCAUUAGGCAUUGAUAAUGAGCUUCCAGCCACAUCGCCCAUAGAAGCCUGCGACGCAACGUAUAACACGCUUGAGGAUCUCGAUGGUGCAGCGCCAGAUAUCCCAAGUCAUUGUGUCCUUCCUUACACCUUGACUGCUCUCAACAAUCUUCUUUCGGAGGCUAUGACCAAUUACACAAGCCUGAAUAAUGAUGGAUACGAUUCCAAGUUCAAGACCUAUGCCAAGGCUAUCUCUGAUAGCGCCGCUGGAAAUAUGCAUGAUUUUAUUUACGCUAAUGGCAGUCAAUACUUCACUUGUAUCGUGCCUGAAUACUCCAUUUGCUGUUCGCAUUGCAAGAGUAAUCAACCAUCUGGCCAGCCCAGCUAUUGCGACUACUGCUUCUCUGACGGAGACUGCUAUCAUUCAGUCUUGGAAGAUCGACAUCCUCAACAGGUACUGAACUAUAAUAUUGUUAAUGAGACUGAACCCUGUCCACCGGAUUAUUCUAAGCGUGGAUAUGGACCCAAUAACCCUUAUGAGCAAUCCGUUUACUGGACUCUGACUAACAGCUCUGGGUUUUACGCCGAUCUUUACACUGAUUCCGGUAUCCCCCAGGACAAGACCAAGAUUGGCAACUAUGACCGUCUCAAUGCCUGCGCACCUAGUUCGAAGCCUGACGAUGAUUGCUGGGCCACUGGAAUGGAUUUUGAUAUUCCAAUUGUCAACGGCUAUUCGACCUCAGACGUGGCAAACCCCAAGGACGUCGUCCAGCAGGUCCAAUCAAAUAUCACUAAUCUUCCCCCGCAGAUUUCCAAUAUCCAGACGCUUGUCUCUCUAGACGGGUGGUACGGAAACAGUGAUGAUCUGAUUGAUUCAGUCAGCUUGCCUAUAUUAAUGCUUGCUCAGGCGACCGAGAACAUGGCUCAAGUGGUGCAGGUUGCCGAUAAGAUUGAGGAAGAAGAGCGCAAGGCCCUUAUAUUGGCCUUUCUAAGUGCGAUCUUCCUUUUUCUCCCCAUUAUAGGUGAAGUAGUGGGUUCUGUCGGCGCUUUGGCAGAUGUGGCAACCGUUCUCUCCCUUCUUGGAGUUGCAGGAGAAGUGGGGACUGAUAUUUAUGGAAUUUUUAGCGACCCUCAAAACGCUCCACUCAUGAUCAUGGACUUAAUUUUGACGCCUCUAUCUCUUGGAGAUGUUGGCAACAUUGCCAAAGCUUCCAAGAUUCGCCGCGGAAUGUCCGAUGCAGAUAUUGUUAAGCUGGGCGACAAGGUUGGCAGCCGGAUGAAAAUCCUUGAUCACAUCAAGGGAUCAUGUACUAAAGGCCUGGAGUGAACGAGGAAGCCUUCAAAAAGGCAAUAUUACUCAACGUAUCCAAUAAUGGUUUCUGAAAAGACUCCUUUAGCGAUAGGGCUCCCACUUAACAUGCAAUGAGUG